AUGGAUGAUUUGAGGCCGGAUCGAUCUUCCACUACACACUUUGGACUCCCAAGGGCAUUAGAUGAAGUACGGAAAAUCAAACCGAAGAGAACUCUUUUCACUAGUAUGAUGCACCUAAUGGAUCACGAGAAGCUCAGCGAAUACCUUAUGCAGUUGAUGGAGACGGAAGGACUCGAUGUUCAGUUAUACCUACAUAACUUCCUUUUUUAUCCUGUGCAAUUUGUCUCUAUCGCAUGA